AUGUCCAUUCGCUUGACGCCGUACAUUCUCAGUCGAAUCAACUGGGACAACCCCCGAAAUGACCCCAUCUUUCGCCAGUUCUUACCAACUAGGUCAUCAAUGUUGCCCGAUCACCCCAGACUGACGCUCGAUUCGUUGCAUGAACGGGCCGACUCACCUGUUCCUGGGCUUGUUCACCGGUACCGGGAUAAGGCUUUGUUUCUUCCUGUUUCCGUCUGCCCAACAUACUGCAUGUUCUGCACUCGCUCAUAUGCCGUGGGAGCUAACACAGAAACCGUGGAUAAGGACUCGUACAAACCUAUACUUGCUCGAUGGGAGAGAGUUUUUAAUUACAUUGAAAAUACUCCAGAAUUGGAGGACAUUGUGGUAUCUGGAGGGGACUCAUACUAUUUGGCUCCUCACCAAAUCAAGUUGAUUGGCGACAGACUGAUAUCUAUGCCCAACAUUCGUCGGUUCAGGUUCGCUUCCAAAGGCCUUGCUGUGUGUCCGACUCGGAUACUCGACCCAAACGAUCCUUGGGUCGACGCACUCGUCGCCGUCUCCGAUAAAGCCAAGAAGGCACGCAAGGGCGUGGCGCUCCACACCCACUUCAACCAUCCCAAUGAGAUAUCAUGGAUUACCGAAGAAGCCAGUCAGAAGCUCAACGAAGCAGGGGUUGUAGUGCGGAACCAGACAGUCCUGCUUCGGGGCAUCAACGACGACGUUGAAACCAUGUCGACUUUGAUUCGCAGGUUGGCCAACAACAACAUUGUUCCAUACUACGUCUAUCAGUGUGACAUGGUAAAGAAAGUAGAGCACUUGAGAACACCUCUGCAAACGAUUCUCGACCUAGAAUCAAGGAUCAGGGGUUCGAUUGCCGGCUUCGUGACGCCUCAGUUUGUGGUGGACCUGCCCCAAGGUGGUGGCAAGAGGUUGGCUUGUAGCUACGCAUCAUACGACCGUGAGACGGGGAUUUCGACAUACAAAGCGCCUUCAGUUACGGGUGGCGAAAAGGAGAACAAGGUGUAUGAGUACUAUGACCCAGUCGCCUCGUUUCUAGGCGAGUGA